ACAAACGGUAACAAUCGUUUACUGUUUACAAUUUCUUCAGUCCAUCACUUGGAGUAGUCUGCUCACCACGAAAAUCGCCAUGAACCAGAAGCCCGUUUGGGAGGAUCGCGAGAUCAAGUUCGACAUCAGCUUCAUUGUCAAAACGAUUCGCAGCGGCGAAAAGAUCCUGGAGAUUCUCGACUCCAUCGAGGACACCAAGGGCAACCUCGGUGAUCGCGGCCGCUUGCUAGUCACGAACCUGCGCAUCAUCUGGUACUCGGUCACGUCGAGCCGGUUCAGCCUGUCGAUCGGGUUCACGUGCGUGCUCACGAUGAACACCAAGACGGUGGUGUCCAAGGUGCGCGGAACGACCCAGGCGCUGCACAUCCUGAGCGUCGGUAACAACUCGCGGUUCGAGUUCAUCUUCACCAAUCUGACGGCGAACAACACGAAGCACUUCUCGACCAUCUUCGACAUCUACCGGCUGUACCAGGCGUCGUUUCUGUACCGCGAGUUGAAGCUGAGGUCGGCGAUUGUGAGUGGCGGGCAGCUGAUGGUGCUGGCCCAGGAGCAGGUCUUCAACACGAUCAGCGGCGUGUGGAACCUGUCGAGUGACCAGGGUAAUCUGGGGAUCUUCAUCCUGAGCAACGUCCGGCUGGUUUGGUUCGCCGAGAUGAACAACAGCUUCAACAUCUCGCUGCCGUACAUGCAGAUCGCGAACGUGCGCAUCCGCGAGUCCAAGUACGGACCGGCGCUGGUCAUCCAAACGCUGGAGACGGCCGGGUCGUACGUGCUGGGGUUCCGCAUCGACCCGCAGGACAAGCUGACCGACGUGUACAAGGAGUUGCUGUCGCUGCACAGUGUGUACACGGAAACGCCGUUGUUUGGGGUGUUUUACGAGCCCAAGCCGGACACGGUGCGACCGGCGACGGAGUCGAUCGACGAUAUUGAGGAGUUGGACCAGUCCGGGGUGGGGGAGAUCAACAGCAAGUUUACGGCGUAUCUGGCGGACUCGGAUGGGGCGCAGGGGGUUUUGGGAGCUGAUGGGCGGCGUAGGCCGGUGUACUGUAAGGAGUUGGGGUUCGCGAUAGAGGCGAUCAAGGAGGGGUACACGCUGAAGGAUCUGUGGGAGGUGGUGCCGAGCUCGGCGACGGGGUCGUCGGCGAUGUGAAUGAGUUGAUUGCGUGUAUAAAAAACAAGUUGUAGUUCUUAAGAAUCUUACUAAUUUUAAAUA